AUGGGCCUGUUUUAUAUGAGUGCAUCCAGCAGAUGGCAUUAGAAUUCUUAGACUUCAGAUCCACUGUUUGCCCAAUAGAAAUACCAUGUUUUUAUUGAUAGACCACGAGCAGAUCUUCCAGCUUCAGAUCUAUAAUUACAAACGGACCCAGGUUCAAUGACCCGUAAAGGCCAUUUCAGCACCUCCAUUCUGUCUGUCUCCAAGCCUUCACCUUAGGUAAGAACUUUGGCUUUCAAAAAAAAAGAACGUUUGCUUUCAUUCACCUCUCAGGGUGCUCUGACUCUUUACAGCUGAAGGCCCCUCUUGUCCGAGAUAGACAGUAUUACUUAGCAGUAUGCAUGCUCUAACAACAUGAGCGACAUCAAGAGUAACCGAGAACUGUACCUGCAGUACAAAUCCAAGGCCCCUAAGCUGCUGGCCAACAUUUCCAAAUUACUCCUCAUGUGCCGGAACACAGGCAUUGCUAUACCUAAGGGCAUCAGAAACAUCUUUGAGUUCACUUGGGAGGAGCUCAUCACUGACCCUAUGGUGCCUACUCCGUCUGACAUCCGGGGCCUGGAGAUCAGCUUUGGGACUCCACCUGUGGUGUCUAUGGAAUCAACCCCUGUGCAGAUCCACGUCCCGAAGAAGCCACCACCACCACCAGUACCACCACCACUGAUGCUACCCACUGAGCCAGGCAAGUUCACCACCCGUGGUCAUCGGGUACACACCAGCCAGGACACCCUGUACAAGUUCCAGCGACGGUCCAUCCACCUGCUGACUGAGCUGCUCACCCUGAAGAUGAAGGCCAUGCUGGAGUCUGUGUCUGGUGCCAACCCCUUGGACAUCACAAGGCGCUUUGUGGAGGCCAGCCAGCUCCUCCACCUCAAUGCCAAAGAGAUGGCUUUUGACUCCCUGGUUGGCACAUUCGGGAGAAGUACCUUUGGUGCUGGACUGUUGGGGAAAGAGCCCUUCCUGAGCACCUCAAUAAUGGGAGUGAACUCGCCUUAUCAGCUUAUCUAUGAAGCCUCUACUGGUUGUCUGAGCUUUUCCCUCUCAACUGGAAAGGAAGGCAAGAAGAAAGCAGGAAAAAUGAAAAAUUUUGAAGAGAUAACCUCAUCACCCUCUCAACGAGAAACAGGAACUGCCUCUGACAAUGUGGAGAUCAGUGACCCCUGUCCUGAGGCCCGGGAGAAGCUGCAAGAGAUGUGUCGUCAUAUAGAAGCCGAAAGGACCUCGUGGAAAGGGAAGAAUGUCUUCUGCCCCAUGAUGUUACGCAACUACGGGGCAAAGAUGCCCAUUCAUUCGGGGUCAGCUGUGAGCUCCUGUCACCCUCACCUUCAAGGUACUCAGACUCCCACUCCCACUCCUUACCAGUCUUCCAUCUCCCAUGCUCACUUCAUUCAGCAGUCUCAGGAGUGUAAAGGAGGCAAGAAGAACAUCAAGUUGCAUUACACCUUCUGUGAUGGGUCUUCCUUCGUUUACUAUCCCUCCGGAAACAUUGCCAUGUGUCAGAUCCCCACUUGCUGCGGAGGGAGAACCAUCACCUUACUCUUUAAUGACACACCCAACUUCUCCUUCCUGGCCCUGUUCAAUGCUGAAGGCCAGGGCUGCGUUCACUACAACCUAAAGUCCUGCUGCCCAUAUGUCUUGGUCUUGGAUGAGGAAGGCGGGACCACCAACGACUACAAGGGCUAUGCAGUCCACAAGUGGAGCUGGGCUUCUAAGACAGAGACUUUGCUCUCCUUGGAAUAUAAGAUGAAUGAGCAAAUGAAGCUGACGGUGCUGGGGCAGGACUCCAUUCUAGUCACCUUUACCUCCAUGAAUGAGACAGUAACACUUACUAUAUCGGCCAAUAACUGUCCUCACGGGGUAGGGCACGAUAAAAAGAUGACCCACAAGAUCAUCAGCAUGGACGACAAGUUGUCUAAGAUGAGCCGAGCCCUGGCAGCGAUCAAGAGGCGGUUUCAGAAGACAGUGUCUCAGUUCAUGAAUUCUGUCUUACUGGCAGCAGGAUUGCUCAUCAUAGAAUAUCCAUCAAGGGUCAUGGGAGAACUAAGUCGAACCAAAAUGAGAUCCUGGGCCUUUUCCGAGCGGGGCACCAAGCUAAAUCUAUAUUCAGAAGUCUCUGCAACACGUUAUCAGUCAGCCCCACCUGAAUCCUCGGCUGUACAGUCUCCGAAGGAAGAGCCUAGGUCUGCUCCGAUAAGCCCCGCUCCGAAGAAGAUCAUCAAAAUCCACGCCAAAGCCCUGACUACACUCAGGGGGAGGGCCACAGAGAUGCGCAGCCACACCAGGAGGGCUGCCUCACCCUCUGACUGCCCACUGGUGCUGCGGAAGCUCAUUUGUAAGGAAGACAUCCGCGCUGGCUGCAAGUGCAUAGUGAAGCCACCCCUGGUAUCUGAUGUGGAGCUGGAACGCUUCCUGUCGGUGCCCCGUGACCCCAGCCAGGUGCUGGUGUUCGGAAUAGUGUCAAGCCACAUUCCUACCAGCUCAGGACAGCUCCAGUGGCUGCUCAACACACUCUACUGUCACCGGCAGCAGGGCCGUGGCUCACCCUGCAUCCAGUGCCAGCAUGACCCCUACCGCCUACUGCGAUAUGACCUCAACAGCCCACUGCAGAAGGACCCACCCCUGCUGGUGAAGAAGUAUGCUGUGAUGCAGGGGAUGGUUCUGAUGUUCGCUGGGGGGAAGCUCCUGUUUGGGGGCUGCGUUUUGAAUGGAUACGGCUUCAGCAAGCAGAAUCUGCUGAAACAGAUCUCCCAGGCUCGGCAGGACUGCAAGAUGGGCUACUUCAUGCCAGAGAACUACAAAUUUAGCAGCGUUUUACCCUCCUUCCUGGGCCUGGAUGAAGCUGAGUCAGACAAGAGAACAAUUUUGGAAGACAUCCAAGGAAGCAUCUCCUCGUUGACCGUAGGGGACAAGAUGGAGGACUAUUUCCCUGAACCUGAGAAGAAGAUGAAUCUGCAUCCUCUCAUCCAAGGCAGGAGGGACAGUAAGAAGAUGAACUCUUGGAAGAAACAGGCCUCCAAGAAGUGAUGCAGGCCCCUUGACCACCAGAGUGCCAGGCCUGGAUGAGGCUCCUCCCUUGCCCACCUGCCCUGCCCCU